UGUGUGUCUCACUCUCGGAUCAGAGAAGAAGAGUGUAGUGUAUCGCUCACGUGUUGCAGGCUGAGCUCGUGUUUAGAUUAAUAAUCAGUAAUUAAUAAUCAUCUGACCUGAAACAGGAGCACAUGAUUAUUUACAGCUGCGGAGGAAUCUGAUCUCCGGCAGUGUUUGUAAAGAUGUUUGCUGAGGAGGAGUGGACUGAAGGGCAGAUACCUGCUGAGGGAAAUCUUCACAUUGGUGUAAAGUCUGGAAAAUUGAGCAGAAAGCCCGUCAGUAAGCAGUGUCUGAACCGGACCCUACAGACCCUUGGCUCCAUCCCAACAUGGGACAGCGUGGGCGGGGCUUCUGAGGGCAGCGAUGGGGAAAUAGGUGGGGCUCCGAUCCAGGUUAAGAAAAAGAAGAAAAAGUGUAAAAAGCGUAAGAAAAUCUCUGAGGGUGGAGCUGAAGAUCAGCACAGAGACACAGAAGCUCAACAAACCCCAGCCAGCAAACGCCGGAAGAAGAAGAAGCUGCAGGAAACAGGUGUAAACACCGCAAGUGAGUUCGUACAGGAUGAACAAGAUAAAGAUCACCCAGACGACACGGAGGAGAAGAAGAUUAGCAGAAAACAGUGGAAAAACAAAAUGAAGAAUAAAAAACGCUGCAAAAACAAGUUCCUCCAGAACACUGCAGCUGUUCUGAACCUUAAUCCCAAAAAAGAACAGUCCAGCUCUAAACAGACCACCCACCCUACUCCACCUGAGCAUCACACUCCUGCACCAACCCAGAAAAAUAAAAGCAAAGAAUCAAACAGAACCAAGCAUCCAAAACCUGCAGCUCUCCAGUCCGUCAGCGAACAGCCCAGUACAGAACACCAGGCCGAACCGCAGAACCAGCCCGAGAACCAGUCCAGCAGACUGGGUAAAAACUCCCAUCAUCAGAUAAAGAAACUGCGCCAUCUUUUACAGAACAGCAGCACCACCACCAACGGCCUUCAGCACCACAACCCACCAGAACCCAAACCGGAACCGGCUGACCAGAACCAGAACAUCUCAGAGAAGAGCCCCCCUCCUAUGGACCGCUCCAGUGCCCUGCGGUCCCGCAUGGAGAAGCGCUUAGAGUCCGCUCGCUUCCGAUACAUUAACGAACUGCUCUACAGCUCCACCAGUGGUGAGGCCAAGCGCAUGUUCCAGCAGGACCCAGACGCCAUGACCGUGUACCACCGCGGGUACACCCAGCAGGUCCAGCACUGGCCCAGCAACCCCGUCGACUCCAUCAUCGCCUACAUCCGACAGAGGCCGGCGUCUCUGGUGGUGGUGGAUUUUGGUUGUGGAGAUUGUAAGAUCGCUCGCAGUGUGAAGAAUACAGUGCACUGUUUUGAUCUGGCUCCUGUCUGUGAUCUCGUCACUGCCUGUGAUAUGGCUAAUGUGCCUCUUGCUGACUCCAGUGUGGAUAUUGCCGUCUUCUGCCUCUCCCUGAUGGGAACAAAUCUCACAGAAUUUCUGGCCGAGGCGAACCGAGUGCUGGUGGACGGGGGUGUUCUCAAAAUCGCAGAAGUUGCCAGCAGGUUUGAAGAUAUUCGGCACUUCACUGGAGCGCUGGGCCGUCUGGGCUUUAAGCUGGUCAGUAAGGACACAGACAACACCCACUUCUACUGCUUUGAGUUUACAAAGAUACAAGAUUCUCCCAGUAACGUGAAGAAAAUCCAGCUGCAGCUCAACCCCUGUCUCUACAAAAAACGGUAGCUGUGAGAAACGGACUA